AGGCUUGAAUACCUAUGUUCCCUAUCACUAAAAUAUGGAAAUAACUUUUACAACCUGCAAAAAGUGUGUUUUCCCUUAGUAUUGUUGUCUUGUUUUCCAGUGCAAAUGUCUCAAGAUUCUUAAAUCAAGGCAAAAUGACAUAAGAAGCCUUGUUUUUUGUGAAAUUAAGUAGGUUUAUGAUUAAAACAAUAAUACUUCAAAGGGUAAACACGUUCAUACCUCACUGACAAGAUAUUUGUCUUGUUUUAAACUCACUUAAUUUUGUUCAGUUUUUCAAGAUUUCGAAUUAAGACUAUUUAAAACCUGCAGAAACUCUUUAGAUUACAGAUUACAUGUCUGUUAACGAAUUACAGCUAAAUCGGAUGUUUGGCGAAACCGCUACCUCUGCUGGUUGGAAGUCGCCAGUGCAGUUCACGCAUCCUGUGUUUCACUCACUGCAAGCCCAGGAACCAGGCCAACAUUACAUCAGUGUAACUGCUGAGAUGUCUCCGCAAAUGUGAUUUAACAUAAGAAUGUGUCAACAUGAUGCACUCACUUCAAAUUCAUCUAAAGUGUUCUCCGUUUGAUUACUACGCUAUUCCCAUGAGGGACGCUGCGUGUUGAUUGGGCACUUCAUGUAAAGAGUUAAUAAACACACGAAGGACAGCAUUUUUUAUUUCAAACGUCAUGCAGAAGGGCGUGAUAAACCCUACUCCCGUCCAAGAUAAAAAUCUCACGUUGCUGGGUAACACUGGAAAUAAAUAAGCACAAAAUAAUGAGCACGCAGCCAUCAUAAACAAAAUAUUGUUAAGCAGAUUAGUCCCCACUUAUCCCGCUGCGUUCAUGCGCGCUUUCCAGAGGCUCAGAGUUGCCUCCUUCGUCCUCGUCUUGCUUUCUGUUCGCAAUCUCCCCAGAAUCUGCGCGAGGGAAGACGGGUGCGCAACAGCAGAGUCUGAACGGCUUGAUACCGCGCGAACGGAGAGGAAUCAGCAGAGCGAGGAAGAAUAAUGAUCCCGGAUCUUCUUUGCGCCCAGAGGAGAAAACCGCAGCAAUGAAUAAAUAAACAGGGCGGUUGUAAAACUCCGCGCGGAUCGGCCAGUCGUGACCACGGGAGACUACGCAUGUAAGAUCGUUGCAUGUCAAUUCAAGUAAGUCAGCGCAUGAGAAGACCUCCAGCCGCAUAGUCGCUCUCAGAAUGCGGGCGUGAGAAGAAAUACUACGGCGGGGGAAUUAAAGUGCAACGGCGGGCGAGUGAACGUCUUGAGGGCCAGGGGGUGUGUGCGACUGCAGGACACUAGCAUGUCGAACCGAAAGCACCGGGACAACCAGGAGAUAUGCGCCCGCAAGGUCCGAGAGCUCGCCCAGACGGGAGUGAACAAGCACUGCUUCGAGUGCAGCCAGCCUGGGGUGACUUACAUCGAUAUCACCGUGGGCUGCUUCGUGUGCACCUCAUGCUCUGGAAUGCUGAGAGGGCUCAACCCACCCCACAGAGUUAAAUCUAUUUCCAUGACAACCUUCUCCCAACAGGAAGUGGAGUUUUUGCAAAACCAUGGCAACGAGGUUGGAAGGAGGACCUGGCUCUGCAUAUUUGACCCCAAAACAGAUGGCUGUUUUGACGCACGUGACACACAGAAGCUGAAAGAGUUCUUGCAGGACAAAUAUGAGAGAAAGAAAUGGCAUUUCUCUAAAAGCAAGAUCCGCAGGGAUGUGAAUGAGUCACCCUGGGCUCCAGGGGUUCAGGCUGUUCCAGCUCCACACGGACCCGCUCAGAAUCAGCCUCCACCUGGACAUCCUCUGAACCCCACAGCACGGCCCACCCGUACACUGUCCCAGUCCCAGUUGUCAAUAUGGGACAGAGCUCCUGCUGUCUCCCCAGCUGAUAGCCGUACUGAGGUGUUCACUGCCAGGCCAACUCGCUCACAGAGCUUCAGAGAUCAUCCCAUUAAAGACACAUUGUUAAGUGGUGUGGAGAGACAGAGGCCAGGAACAAUUUCUUCUGGAAUGGGACACCAGAAUCAUCCCUCCUCCUUUCCAGCCCUUCCACGUCCUUCAGCAAGUAGCACUUUCAAAAACAGCUUUACUUUAGGUCGCACUCUGUCAACUGGGGGUGGAGCUCCAUUUAGAGCCUUCCCUAAAUCGCUGAGUUUGGAUUUUGGGGGUCUAAGCCACGCCCACAACACUCUAAGUUCUGCUGCUCCGCCCUCUGCCACUCAGGAUAAGUAUGCAGCCUUAUCACAACUUGAUAAAGUGUUCUCAGACAACACACCUGUCACAGCCAUUACAACAGCUCCCUCUGAUGGACCGCCUCAGUAUAGCACUCUCUUUAGUAACCGACUAUCCUCCAGUUCCACUCCUGCAAGCUCCCCAGGUGUUCCAGAGGCCACCUCUGGAUCUCAAACGUUUGCAAAUUUCCCAAACCCCUUCAAUUCUACAGCCAGUUGCGCCCAGCCUGUUCUGUCUCCCAGUAACCCCUUCAAAAGCACAGCCUCAGAUGAUGCCUCCUCCUCCUCAGCCGUCUUUCCUCAGUCUGUCUCUUUUCCUGCACCCACCACCCAAAGUGCUUUUUCACACCAACAGUCUAGUAACCAGGAAGCAAACGGUUUCAACUCAUUUCCUGCCCCUGAGUCUGUCCCUAAAGUCCCACGACCAAUGUCUGUCAACCCUUUUACUGGGAAUGUUUACCCGAGCAGAGGAGCAUCACUGAACCCUUUCAUCUGAACCACCUCAGCCAUGGAGAAAGAAGAGAGCGAGAGGAGCUUGUUUACUUUGCCAUACCUACAGAAAACACCCAACACUUCUGUGUGUGUCUUCAUGUAUGUUUAAAGGUGUGUGUGUGUGUGUGUUAGCAGAUAUUGUACAUGUAACUAUUUGUACACACUUUGUUGUGUGUGUGUGUGUGUGUGUGUGUGUGUGUGUGUGUGUGUGAGUGAGUGUGAGUGAGUGUGUGUGUUUGUACGUGCCCUUUUGUACCAGACGCUAUAAAUUAAGCUUUGUGUGUGUGUUUGUGUGUGUGUGUGUGUACAUUUGUGUUGGUUUUGCCUAAUAUCAGAGGAAUCUUUCUGAUAAUAGGACAACUUCAGAUGAAAGGUGCUUAUGAGAGCCAUUAACACUCACAAACACACACACAAGCUGCUGCUUUGACCUUUCCACACAGUAGAAGAACUUCUCGUGCCAAUAUCGCCCUAACCUGAGUGCCCGCUUACUUCACUCAGUCACUGAGGUCGACACAUUACAAUAAAAUAGUAGCUUCAGAUCAUCUCAGUAAUGCAUUUCUCCUCAGUGCCGAUUUGGAUUAAUUGAUUCAUAUGCAUGUUAAAAAGACGGCAUAAACAAAACAGGCAUUUCCUUCACUUUUCGCUGUGUAUGUAUGCCGGGCUUGUUUCUAUUUAUUUUGACAUUGACGUUUCAUUUCAAACGUUAAUAAGUAUUUGUGUGUGCAUUGUCGAACUGCAUGCGCUUCUCAAGCUGAGCAGGAAGCUGCUGAAUGUACUGCAGUUUCAGUUAUGAGGGAAAAAAAGUUUCUUGUAUGGACCAAAAAUUGUCUAAUAUCGUCAAGUUUUCUGUAUAACGUAGAGAUGGUUUCUUUUGCUAAAGGAUUCGUAUAGAAUGUCUUUGUAUCAAGAUGUAUCCAUAUGCAUAAAGCUAUCCAUAAUUGUUGUGUCAGUGUGUAUUGUCUGUGUGAUGCAAAUCAAACUGAAUUUGCUGCUUUUGGAAUUUCAUGCAAUAUCUUUUUAUGACAGCAUCAUUUAUAUUUUUCUGUGAAGAUCAUUAUUGCAUUUCGAAUGUAUUUGCACUCUAUGAUCAUUAGGGCUUUCAACUGAAAAUUAAAAUGAAAAGUAUAAAUUUCA